UUCAUUUGCAUAUCUAAGUAAAUUAGGAUGGUAGUAUAUUGUCAAUGUAUUGGCAGCAUUUCUAUUGUCUUGUAUAUAUAUAUUUUUGUAUUUUCCCAUGAAGCCAAAAGAGGUGUUUAGCUAUUUCUUUAUCAUUACAGGUCAAUGAUUUCUUAACUUGAACGUUGAGGUUCCCAUCAUUUGACCGUUUUAACAGUUACGUGUAGUUAUGGCUUGGCCCCUAUCCAAUUAAAUUGUCCUGUCAUAUAAGAUUGGAGCACUCUGCUUCUUGUUAAAUAAUAGCAAAAAUCAAUACAACUUAGUAGACUGUUCAAUGUUCUCUCACCUUCAAACACUUUAAAUUUGAAAAAAAAAAUUAGAAAAAAAGACAAAAUAAAACAAAGGGUGGUCGUUUUUCAAAUUUAUCUAAUAGUCUCUAACCAUGAUAACAUCAUUCGUGCAAACAUUUCCCAGAAGCCAAAACGCAGCGUCGCAGUCGGCUUCACCAUCACUCAAAGACUCUCCCGUCUUCUCCCGCAGUUCAUUUCCUGAAAAUUCCAGCUCAGAGAGACACAUACCCUUUACUUGUUUCACGUCUAUCUCGUCUCCAUUGCUUUUCUCUCGUUUUCUUUUCUAUAAUGCACUAAUAUUCAAUACCCGUUUCCCAUUUUAUUGAACUAAAAACUCAAAAGGUCACUCUCUUUAGAUCGAUCUCAGCUGCGAUGCUCUGAUUCUUGUGCAAGACCAAGCAAAACCCAUUCUUUUUUUCUCUUGAAGGAGUAGAAAUUGUUGAGUUUUUAAGAGAAUGGGCGUUUUGAGGGAGUCGUGGUGCUUUUGCAAAGGAGUGGGCAAGUCGGAGAGAAUGAAAGCUGCCAUUUUCUCCGAUAAGGGUCUAGCCAUGGUCACAAUCUCCUGUGCCGGAAACGGAACUUCUGGCACCGGUUUCCUGAUCCACCGGAAUCUCCUCUUGACUACUCAUGUUAAUAUUCCCUCCGUUGCUGCUGCUGAGAGUUUGGAGAUCCGGCUCCAAAAUGGCGUACCUGCUAGCCUCGUCCCUCACAGGUUUUUUAUCACCAGUUCUGUUCUGGACCUUACAAUAGUGGGUUUAGAUGCCAUGGAUGGAGACUCCAAUUCCCAAGGACAGCAGCCUCACUACUUGAAGACAUGUUCAAAACCAAAUCUGGAUCUGGGCAGUGUUGUCUAUCUUUUGGGCUACACAGAGAAGGAAGAACUGACAGUUGGUGAGGGAAAGGUGGUAAUAGCCACUGACAAUCUCAUAAAACUGUCAACUGAUGGAAUAAUAUGGAGCCCUGGAUCUGCUGGAUUUGAUGUACAAGGCAAUCUCGCUUUCAUGAUCUGUGAUCCUAUGAAACUAUCAACAUCUCCAAAUACCAAAUCUUCUUCAACUUCAUCCUCAUCCUCAACAUCCUGGAAGAAGGAUUCUCCUAUGCAAUUUGGUAUUCCUGUUCCCAUCAUCUGUGAUUGGUUAAACCAGCAUUGGGAAGGCAACCUUGAUGAACUUACCAAACCCAAGCUACCAAUCAUUAGAUUGAUGUCCACAGGCCAGAAAAGCGAGCAUUCUUGUGCUUCCUUCAGUCUCCGACAGGUUUUUAAGUCGACAGAUGUGGAUAAUGAUGGAACCCCUUCAUCAUCAAAUACAAUCUCUAAACCUGGGGACCAACAUGGACCAGGUUGUUCAGGUGUGGCAAACAUUACAAAAGAAGAAACCCUAACCACUAAUCCCCAUGCAGUUCAUGUGCAGGGAAUCUUGACUCCAGAAAUUUAUGGGUCAAGAAAGCUGACUGCAGCUCCCAUUAGGAAAAAGGAAAGUGUUCAAAUUCAGCUUUUGGAUAUUAAUUUCCUCCCAAGGAUCGCCAAAACAACUGUUCAACCACCAACAGGCAACCAGCUCCCACCUAACUCUGAUGAGAAUCAUGUUGAGGAACUUCCUCUGCAGAACCUAUCAGGUGGAGAUCAAAUUGAGGACAGAGGAACUGUGAGUCCUGAAGUAGAUGCUGAGAUUACAUCUACUGGUUCGGUAAAUGGGGCCCAAAGUGAGGUCCAGUCAAGUUCCUCACCGGUGGAGGUUUUAGAGAUGCAUAAUGGAUAUAGCAGCGAGGAACAGACCAUGUACUCUGCAGAAACUGCUGAGAGCCGAAACUAUCCCAGUCCAAGGGAGGGAAGGUUUCAACACGUUGGAAGGAGCCAAAGUUGUGUAAGUCACAAUGGAUGGGGAAAUGCUGCCCACAAGAAUCCCAUGGCCCGUAGGGCAAUGCUAGAACAGCAGAGAAGCUUUAUCCAUGGAAGGAAUAUGCAUUCACAAGGGGCAACAUCUCAAAGGAGUAAUGACUACUUCAGUCCAACUGUGUCAUCAAUAAUGAAGAAGCGAAACAACUUAGAACGGCCUACUAAACCGAAGCAAAGUGCUGUUCACUCUUCUUCAAGAUGGAAUUUCUGAUUAUUCUAGAUUAAUUUGAUAUCAAAAGAGAUAAACAGAAAUCCUAUGUUUUUGUUUUGUUUGGAUCAUGUCCAUUCAAAUGCAUAUAGUGUAACUAAUUUAUUGAUACCACGUGGAGACCAAUCUAAGAUAAAUAAGAAAAUUCGACAAGGUUGUAGACUUGCA